AUGAAGUUCGGGGAAUUGCACUACCGUCGGGGUGUUAUACAAUAUAGCAUCUCACCAUACGAAGUAAAUGCCUUCGCGGGUUUCUUUUCGAAAGGUAUUCCAAACCUCAUGAGAAGGUUUAAAGAGAAAUUCUUCAUUGUUGCGCCCCCAUUUGUUAUCGCCUACACGGUUCUGCAGUGGGCAGGUUACGAAAACGCGAGAACUAAGAGAAAGGCCUACCAUCAGGAACAUCAGGAAUAA